AGUUGCUGGAAUUGGGUCUGACUGCCUUAUUAAAACAAUCCGGUCUGAAGGAUAUUUUGGGAUGUACAGAGGGGCUGCAGUGAAUCUAACACUUGUGACUCCAGAAAAAGCCAUCAAGUUAGCUGCCAAUGAUUUCUUUAGGUACCAUUUUGCCAAAGAUGGGGGCAAGUUGACGCUGCCUAAAGAGAUGCUGGCCGGUUGUGGGGCAGGGACCUGCCAGGUGAUUGUCACUACUCCCAUGGAGAUGCUCAAAAUCCAGCUGCAAGAUGCAGGCCGAAUUGCUGCUCAGAAGAAGUCUAUGAUAGGACAAGCCCAGCUCAGCCCAUCAUCCACUGGCACUGGAGCUGCAGAGUCAGCGGUAGAGACGCGAAUGACGGCAAUGCAAAUCACAAGAGAUUUGCUUCGGAGCAAAGGCAUUGCAGGACUGUAUAAAGGACUUGGAGCCACAUUGCUCAGGGAUGUCCCAUUUUCCGUUGUUUAUUUUCCACUGUUUGCCAAUCUGAACAAACUGGGGCAGAAGAGCCCUGAAGUCAAGGCUCCUUUCUAUGUCUCCUUCCUAUCUGGAUGUGCGGCAGGCAGCACAGCAGCCGUAGCUGUCAAUCCUUGUGAUGUAAUCAAGACAAGACUUCAGUCCUUGCAGAGAGGAGUCAAUGAGGACACAUAUUCAGGGAUAAUAGACUGUGCCAGGAAAAUCUGGCGUAAUGAAGGUCCCUUAGCCUUUUUUAAGGGAGCAUAUUGCAGAGCCUUGGUCAUUGCCCCACUCUUUGGUAUUGCACAAGUUGUCUAUUUCAUCGGCAUUGCUGAAUUCUUCCUCGACAUGUUUCCACGGCAUCAGGAUUAACCUCUCACCUUUCUUCUCAUCCAAUUGGAAUUCAUCAUAGUUAUUUUUGUCAUUGUGAUGUCAGAGCAACGGCAGAAAGGGUUCCAAGCAGUAAUAGUGGGAAUGAAUGUUGUCUCUAAAAGUUAUUUUCCUCAUAACAACAUGGCCCCGAGGAGGGAUAUCUAAAUAGUCAUGUCUGUUUUUUAAUUAUCAAUUUUAAAGACACUAUUUAACACAGACUGUCUGACUGGCUUGCUGUUCCUCUUGUCUAAUGGAAGUUCUUUUCUGGAACUGCCAACAACUCAUGAAGGAGCAAAAGAACAGGAUGUGUUUCCAUGUCUCUAUUCUUGGGGUUAAGUCUCUGGGGAAAAGAAUCAAUUGGUACCCAAUAAAAGGGAGGUUACUUGACCCAGGCAAUUACUGAGAACAAAGUAUUUGUUUUUAGAUGGGUCUCCUAAACAUCCCUUCUCCAAAUUAGCUGGACUUAAAUAAACUUUUGAAUAUGAAGAGAGGGCAAAGGGAAAGCUGCAUCUUAAUGUUUUCAUUUUAUGAAAGGAUCACCUUCAUAAUAGAUCCGUGUGGGGAAAAUGUACUCGGGAUAACUGUGCAUUUGCCCUCUGAAACCUCAUCUAUUGGAAACGUCCAGGGUCAUGAAUUAUCUGUGAGCUAUGACAGUUGGGGGGAACCAAAUUAUUUGAGUUAAUGGUUUUUUUAAAAAAUGUGCUGGAUAAAACUCCAGUAACGUAAAUACUCCUCUUUCAACCUGAGAUGCUGCUCUCCGUGCUACUUUUCACCCCAUCCUAGGUUUCACAUGUCUGUGUCUUUUAACCUGUGUAUAGAAUGUGUUUAUUGCUCCCUUAUUUUUGUUUGGGAUCAUAGUAAGACCAAAGGCAACUGAACUCUCUUAUGGUUGGUCAAUGCUACAAAAGAACUGGUGGAACAGAGCAUGGCGGAGGAAAACCUUGUAUGUUUCUUUAGACACACCAAAAUCAAAGAAGUUUAACCUAUUUUAUACCAGCAGGUUAUCAUUUUUCCCCUGAACAACAAAUUGCAUUUUUCAGAUGCAGUUUUUAUUGUAAAGGGGAAGUUUGCAUGUUUAUUACUUUCAUAAAGUCAUCCAUGCAUAUAUGUUCUCAUUUCAAGCUGUUUUUUUUUGUUUUUCCCUUACAUUUGCUGUUUCAGUGGAAAAAGCCAUUCUAAUAUUGGCUGUAUAUUUUUUUUUGUUCUUGGCUUUGGUUAGUUCAGUCAGCUGCUUUUCUUUGAAUAUCCUUUUUGAAUAUCCAACAUUGGGGGACACAUUUUUUAAAAACAAAAUAUUUCUCUUUAAAAAUUACAACACUUUUAGUCUUAGGGGACAGAAGAUCUAAUUUUUGGCAUGUUUUUGCUUACAUUUUGGACUUCAUGUCUCUGUAGAUUGCUUUAAUUGCUAGUAUCUUCAUGCCAUUCUGUAGAAAGCAUUUUUAUAGAUAGUUGUCUUCUCUAUUCAGAAAUGUUUUGGAUUCCAAAUCAGAAUGUUAACUAUGUUCACAUCCCUUAUGAGUAAUAAGGAUUUUUUAAAAAUGUGUCAUUAAUUUUUCUACUUGCUCUUUCAAAUUCAAUGUAAAACCAUGUCUAUUUUGGAAAAUUAGUUUUAGGGUUGCAAAUGGACAAAAUAACUGUGGGGCAGUAAGACUGGUUUAGAAUAGAAGCUAUAUUUAAUAAUUUGUUUCAUGACACACAUAUUUUUCUUUAAGUCCUUUUAUAAGCAUUUAAUCAUGGUUUAAAACUUCUUUUGCUAUAUUUCUUUCACCCAGCUAAUCAGACAUCACUUUAAAAAAAACAAAAAGAACGCCUUAAGGUUUCAUUGUUAAAUCAAAAAAUAUAAUGGCACAUAUUUUAAUUCAUUGCAACAAUAUAUUUUGAUAUUUUUGAAACAGAAAUUAAGCAAAAUUUUGGGUUUUUAGGAAGCACAAAAUUAGGAUUAGUUGAUGCACUUCAAUACAUAAAGUUUAGAUCCGUUUUAAUUAACCAUUUGGUUAAAUUUAAACUUUAAAAAUAUGAUUGUCAUUUUUUUUAAAAAAAAGAAUCAAAUGUUUAAUGUCCUCUACAAUAGUGUCUACAAGAUUAAUAGUCUGAGAUUCUAUUUUAAUUCCAAGUAAACCUUUGCUUGGGUAAAAGCUUGGAUAAAGAAAAUUAUUUAUACCUCAACUAGGGCCAGAUUAAAAAAAAUUGCCACUAGAUUGCAUCUGCAUGCUUUAUCAGGCAGAUUUCCUGCUGAGUUGUGGGUUAGCAGUACUGCUGGAAAAGGAGAAAAAGCACUAUUUUGGGACAAGGAAAACUUUACCAUGACCAGAUGUAGUAAAAUAAGGUGUCACUGUUUCACAGGCCUUCCUGUUAUCUAGCAAUGUAACAAUUAACACUAAUAUUUGAAAGGCAUGCUUAAGCUGCAGAGACAAUCUAAUUGCAGUGUAAUUAAUGUUUGUCUGAAUGCUUGUCAGAGGGCCUUGUGGCUCCAUGGGGCCAGAGUUAGCUGGGUUCUUUUCUUGUAGGGAAAUUAUGAAUCACUGCGGUAUUGACAGAGUUACCUAGGUUUCCAAAGGUUUACUCGCAAGUGCUCACUUUAAAAAGAAACCCUUACAAUGUGACUUCAAGCAUAUUUUAAGUUGUAGAAGUUUUUCAUCUUGUUUUAACAGAUUUGAGUUUUUCUACUUAAGGUCCAAGAGCUUUGACCAGCUUCUUGUGGCCUGUGGUGACUUUUGCACAUUCCAUGUAACACAGUUGUAUUUAGGAUAAUCUUGAUAAAGCAAAAAGAUUGAACUGACAAUGAAUUGCUUGUAUUAUUUUUAAAUAUGUGGUUCUAUGUGCUAUUUAGCGUGCGAAGACCAACACCGGCUAAAGUUUGCAAUGAAAGUAAGAUGAUGUCCAUAGGUGAACUGUUCCUUAUUUUUAUACAGUGAGCUUUCCAUUGCUUUUCUUUAUCAAUCUGUAUUUCAGUCUUUGCAUGAAAGCACAAGAACUUGUUGGCAAAUAAAAGCUUUCUUAAUUGCAUGUUUGGAAGAAGAUGUGCUGGAGAUGAGAUCUAAAAAUGGCCACUUGGUACAGUAGGGUUGGGGACUGCCCUAGAAGAACACUGUGUAGGUCCUGACUCUGGCAAUAUCCACCUAGAGUUUGGGUGGUGAUGAUAAUUAGGGAGGGAAGUUGAGAACUGAUGUUCAUUAAACUGAGGUGGAAUAGAAGUUAAUGGUGCUGGUUUUUAAUAGAAUGUGGAUGUGAUUUUGAACUUUUUUUGCUUUUACUUUGGACAUAUUAUGGAAGACAACAUGCACAACAGAAAAUGCAUAUAUACUGGUCUACAUAAACUUGUUAUCUAAUACAUGAUAUCACACUUUAUAUUGUUCCCCACCAGUGUAAUAUCAUAUAAAGCUCAGUCCUAGGUUUAAUCA